GAUCUCUGUGAGUAAAUGAGGUUGCGCGCUGAUUGGCUGGGUGGCUGGUGGUACACCUAAGGGGGCUCAGAGCUGCUCCAUCCACCGGCUGCUCGACACGCGGCGCUUCCCGCUACUGUGCGGGAUUUUCGGGCACCACAGGCUCCUGGUCAACUCAGUCUAGGAUCCCCGCUCAGGCCAGACGCACGGUGCCGUCGGCUAAAAGUACCGCUAUGGUGCCAGAUGCUCACCCGGCUAUCGAGAGAAUGGGGACGACUGUCUGAAACUAUAAGUGAAGUAUGAGUGACAGUUGCAUGAUGCGCCACGCGAGCGGCUCAUCACUACUUUUGACCUUUUUCUGGAGGUAACGAAGCCAAAGCGUGCGUGACAUUAUGGAUUGCCUUUUUCUUCUGAUCUGGACUUUACCUAUACCGCUUGUUGGCUGUUCGUCAGUUAAACUGCUGCCUACCCUGGUGUCCUGGAACGUCAUUAAGACGCUGCAGAUAUGUUGCUCACAUUCCAUACUCUCCAUUCCGGCCGCAGACUUUCCAGACAACCACGGAUUGAAUCAGGACUAUGUGUUUGCCACGCCGGUGGAGGUGGACUCCGGGGGCGGCUACAUCACCCACGAUCUGAAGAGGAGAAGCGGCUACGUCUCCCAGGACACUUGGGGGAGCAGCCGGCGUAGAAAAAGGUCCACCCCCCAGCCCGGCGCGGUCCACUACCGGCUGUCGGCCUUCGGGCGGGACCUGCUUCUGGACCUGCGGCCCUCGCCCGUGGUGGCGCCGGGCUUCGCCGUGCACACGCUGGGGCCUGACGGCGGCAUCGUGGCAAUGCCAGGAGACUCGGGGGCAGCGAUCAGCGGCUGCCUGUAUCAGGGGUUCAUCCGCAGCGAGACGCCUUCCUCCGCCGCCAUCUCCACCUGCUCCGGACUGUCAGGUCUGAUCCGGGUGUCUGGGGAGGAGUACUUCAUCGCCCCUCUGCCUCACCACCUGGCCUACCGGCACAACUACAGCGCCCCUAGUGGUCACCACCCCCACGUAGUCUACAAGCGGUCCGCAGAGCGCCUGGUGCACCAUGCUGCCCCCCAGUCGCCCCUUCCCCCCCAGCAGGACCCCUGUCAACCCCACCAGGAGCACCUCCACCAGCAUGGGAAACUGCAGAGGCAACACUUCUGCGGUCGUCGCAAGCAAUAUGCGCCCCAGCCCCUUGCGGAGGGGGGGAUGGCUGUGCAGUGGGACCCCCCCGGUGAGAGCCCCGGGGCAGGAGGGCGGGGCCGGCGGUCACCCAUCCCCUCUAGCGGAGCGGGGGGGCUGACCGUGGAGACCCUGGUGGUGGCCGACCAGAAGAUGCUGGAGAAACACGGCAGAAACAACGUCACCACCUAUGUCCUGACCGUCAUGAACAUGGUCUCCAGCCUCUUCAAGGACGGCACCAUCGGCUCAGACAUCGACAUGGUGGUGGUGAGCCUGCUGCUGCUGGAGCAGGACCCGCUGGGGCUGUCCCUCUCUCACCAUGCGGACCAGUCUCUGAACAGUUUCUGCCAGUGGCAGUCUGGCCUGGUGGGGAAGGGCGGCCGUCGCCACGACCACGCCGUGCUCCUCACAGGGCUGGACAUCUGCUCCUGGAAGAACGAGCCCUGUGACACCCUGGGUUUCGCCCCCAUCAGCGGCAUGUGCAGCAAGUACCGCAGCUGCACCAUCAACGAGGACACGGGGCUUGGCCUGGCCUUCACCAUCGCCCACGAGUCCGGACACAACUUUGGGAUGAUCCAUGAUGGCGAGGGGAACCCGUGCCGUAAGUCUGAGGGGAACAUCAUGUCCCCCACGCUGGCCGGGAACAACGGGGUCUUCAGCUGGUCCAGCUGCAGCCGGCACUACCUCAGCCGCUUCCUGGGGACGGCCCAGGCCUCGUGUCUGGGGGAUGCGCCCCAGCGGGGGGGGCAGUUCCUGCCCCCCCAGCAGCUCCCGGGCCAGCUGUACGACGCCGACACCCAGUGCAGGUGGCAGUUCGGCUCCACGGCUAAGCUCUGCAGGCUGGACUUCGUCAAGGACAUCUGUAAGUCCCUCUGGUGCCACCGUGCGGGCCAUCGCUGUGAGACCAAGUUCAUGCCGGCAGCGGAGGGCACGGCCUGCGGAGCGAACACGUGGUGCCGGAGGGGCCAGUGCGUACGGUACGGCGACCUGGGGACCCGCCCGGUCCACGGCCAGUGGUCCGGCUGGUCCCAGUGGUCCAAGUGCUCCAGGACAUGCGGGGGCGGAGCCAUGUCCAGAGAGCGCUCCUGCACCAACCCCAGGCCCCAGAAUGACGGGAGGUUCUGCCUGGGCGGGGCCCGUGUGAACCAGCUGUGCAGCCUGCGGCCGUGCCCCCCCGGGGCCCCGGGCUUCCGGGCCCAGCAGUGCGCCGCGUACAACAGCAAGCCCUUCAGGGGCUGGUUCUACAGGUGGAGGCCCUACACCAAAGUGGACCAGGAGGACGUCUGUAAGCUGUACUGCAUCACCGAGGACUUUGACUUCUUCUUCGCCAUGUCCAGCAAGGUCCAGGAUGGCACCUCCUGUUCUGAGAACCAGAGAGACGUCUGCAUCGAUGGCGCCUGUGAGGCUGUGGGCUGUGACCAGAUGCUUGGGUCCAAGGCCUCCCUGGACGCCUGUGGAGUCUGCAAGGGAGACAACAACACCUGCCACUUCUUUACCGGCCGCUACACACUCCAGCACCGCGCCAACGAGUACUACUCGGUGGUGACGGUGCCUGCCGGGGCGCGCAGUGUCCUCGUCCAGGAGGUGGAGGCGUCCAGCAGCUACCUGGCGGUGCGGUCCCUGAAGAUGGAGCACUACCUUACGGGGGACUGGAUCGUGGACUGGCCCGGAAAGUUCUUCUUCGGUGGAACCGUAUUCGACUACCAACGACCGUUCGACCGCCCGGAACGCCUGUAUGCCGCCGGGCCGACCAAUGAGACGCUGGUGUUUCAGAUCCUUCUGCAGGGGCAGAACCCAGGUGUGAUGUGGGAGUACACGCUGCCUCGCGAGAGGAAGCCAGACUUUACCUGGGGCGUGGCACGCUCCGACUGCUCUGCUGCCUGCGCUGGAGGCCGUAUAUCCACCAAGGCCAUCUGUCUGCAGGACCAGAAGGUCCAGGUGAACUCCAGCCUGUGCGACCCCCGGACCCGGCGCACCGUGGGCUCCCUGCUGUGCAACACUCAGCCCUGCCCUGCCUACUGGUGGGCCGGCCCCUGGGGGCCCUGCAGCCUGUCGUGUGGCGGCGGGCAGCAGACCCGGGGGCUGCGCUGCCUGAGGAAGGUGACCUACCAGCGGGAGGAGGCUGCGCCCCCCGCCCUGUGCCCCGGGGGGGCUCCCGCCCGGGUGCAGCCCUGCCUCCCCCAGGCCUGCCCCCCCCAGUGGAGCAACGGCGCCUGGUCCCAGUGCUCAAAGACGUGUGGGCGUGGUCUGAGGAAGCGCAGUGUGUUCUGCCGCAGCCCGGCCGCGGGCCCCGGGCCCCCAGGCCCUGUGGCCCCUGCGGUGGCGGUGCUGCCUGACAGCAUGUGCCCCCGGCCCCUCCGGCCCAAGGCCCAAGAGACGUGUAUCCUGCGCCGCUGCCCCCGCAACGAGCGGCUCCAGUGGGCAGCGACGCCCUGGGGAGAGUGCUCUGCGUCGUGUGGCCUGGGGGUCCAGAAGAGAGCACUCGGGUGUGGGGAGAGAGAACCACAGGGAGGACUCCUGGCGUUCCCGUUGCGGCGCUGCAGGAACCUGCCCCGCCCGCCGCUGGAGCUCCAGCAGGUCUGCAGCCGCGGGCCGUGUGCGGCCCCCCCGGCAAGGACCCCGCCCCUCCUCUCCGGCCCCGUGGUUCUUGGAUGGUACACGUCGCCAUGGCAACAGUGCUCAGUGUCCUGCGGUGGAGGGGUCCAGACGCGCUCCACCCAGUGUCUCCGUCAGGGUCGCCCGGCGGCCGGCUGCCACGCCCACCAGCGCCCCACCUCCUCCAGGGCCUGCCACACCCACUUUUGCCCCGCCCCCCGCCUGGCCCAGAGCCUUGCCCCCCGCCCGGCCCAGAGCCCGGCCCCCCCGCCACUGCCAGGUGAGCAGUGCGUGGACCUGUUCUUCUGGUGCCCCCUGGUUCCUCAGCACCGGGUCUGUAAACACCACUUCUACGGCCAGCAGUGCUGCAAGUCCUGCAGGGGCGGCACGCCGCAGUGAGCCACCCCCCCCAGGACACCCCCCAACCCUCCCAGGACACAGGCCCCCUCAGGACAUGCCGUGUUUAGUACUGUGUGUGUGUCUAUGUACUGUAUAUGUAUGUACAUGAAUGUGUGUGUAUUGGACGGACGGAGAAUGGAAUAAUAUAAUUACAAAGGGGAGAAAGGAUUCUCUAUGUUUGCUGGACCCCAGCAGCCUCACCGGACCAGCAGGUCUCAGUCCCGUCGCCAGAGAGAGAGCAGAAGUGCGUGUCCAUUAAAGCAAAGAAGACUAGAACAACCCAAUCAUAACCCGGUGUAAAUAUGUCUUGGAGGUCCGUGUUGUGUAUAUCUUUGUCUCUGAAUCAACAAGCCACCACAAGGACAUUUCCUGCGAUGUUGUACAUUGAAACAGUGCUGCGGAAGGCCUGGUGUCAUUAUGUUAUUAAGUUAUUAUGUUGGCUAAGCUUCUGGUUUUACAUCCCUGAUGUUGUUUGUCUGUUGUCCUACCCUUCUGGACUCUGGCCCUCUGUACUGCACCCGGUCUCCUCUCUACCCUCCUAUUCCUUCCUAUUCCCUCCUAUACCCUCCUAUACCCUCCUAUGCCCACCUAUUCCCUCCCAUUCCUUCCAAUUCCAUCCGAUACCCUCCUAUACCCUCAUAUUCCCUCCUAAUGCCUCCUAUUCCCUCCCAUACCUGCCAGUGUUUACCGGUGUUCAACAUGCUAUUGAAGCGCAUUCCCAAUGCGCCAACUGUAUAGAAAUGUAAAAUCUUUUAUUGAC